UCCAAGCCCAAAGUCCUGUUUGAAAUGAUUCCCGUCAUCAGGAUGGAUGCUGAGAACAAUGUUGUGAAGGACCCUCACUUCUACUCCUGCCCCAUUUAUAAGAAGCCCCUGAGGACAGACUUCAUAGCAGCUGUGGACUUGACAGCUCAGCUUCCUGAGUGUUGGAUCUUACAAGUCCUCCUUUUGGAGGGUGAUCAGCGCUUGAUGCUGGUUCUGCUGUGCCGUGGCAAGGACAUGAAUGAGGUCUUUGAAGGGCAAGGACUCCAUGGAGGAGCUCCCUUCUGCACUCCUGGGUUUUGACACCACUGUAGAAGCUGCCUGGAUGU